UCGGCAUGCUGGGCGAAGUUUGGCCAGGUGCAAAGCUCGAGGUCGUUACAAAGGAAGAUAUUCCAUGUAGGCCGAGAGCUCGCGCUUGGAUCCCUAAAGAAACCUCAUGUCCUGAUGACAUACAUACGUGAGAUGAUUAAGAUCAGCAACCCGGACCUCCCUUGUCACGAUUGGAAGAUCGCGAAACUGGAGCCAAAGGGUCUUUAUCGGAGUGCGAUUAUCGUAAUCAAUAAAGACUGUGGCUUCUCUUGCGCGAGUAAAGGCAGUGAUAAGAUACGGUUUCGAGACAGUUACGCUACGUAUGUAUGAAAAAGAUGAGGUAUACGCUUCAUGCGAGCCUCCACAACCCUUUUUGAAAGCUGUGUCGCAAGACGUAGGGGGUCCUGGUACUACUAUCACCUUCCCUUCCUUGGAUGUAGAUGUUGAUGUAUCUGGGCCCUCUUCUGUCGCAACACAGUCUUCUUCCGAACCUUCUUCAGAAGCUGUGUCGCAGGACGUAAGGGGUCCCAGUGCUAUCAUUACCUUCCCAUUCUUGGAUGUGGAUGAGAAUGUGGCGGGGCCCUCUUCUGUCGCAGCACAGUCUUCUCCUGAAAAUGUCAAAAGUAUAUCCCUAAUGGAGACUGAUGACUUAACCGACAAAGUUCUCCCCAGUGAGGAAGAUAAUGAACUGUUAGGUUUCUCUUCGUCUGAUCUGGAUGAGCUGGGUUUAACAGUGGUGGAGGUUGAUCUAUAUAUUUGUAGCCAAAAUGCUGCAAAUACUACAGAUUAAUCUCCAACACUCUAUAAAGGCUUCGGCCUCCCUACUUCUCCUCCUGUCAAAAACUGGGGAAGAUGUCGUUCUCAUCCAAGAGCCCUGGAUUUUGAAAUCCCUGGUUCGAGGAUUGAGAACUCCUGUCUACUACGUGUUAUAUGUAACAGGAAAAGUGAUAAAGACGUCUCCACAGACAACCAUACCUACUGGCUGGUAUCAGCAUAUUUGGGCUACGACCACCAGGGCCCACUGCCUGGUACCAUACCAUACUACGUGGGGUAGCACCGAUAUCAAUGACAGAGGUAAAAUCAAAUCAAUAUUGCAUUGGACACUUGUGCAUGUCAUACCCAACGGGGAAGUAGAAUCUUUUAUAAUGGAAGGAAAUAUGAAUUUUCAAUGGGAACCCAUAUUAUUUUUGAAGAGAAUCCAAGUCCACAACAUAUAGACCCUAUUUACGAAAAAUACUCAAAAAAAACAUUCCAAUAUUUGAAUAAAACCAAUAAAGUCCUGAAUUUUUCACGAAUUUUUGUCGAAUCCGAAAACAAUACAACAGACACUACAAUACCAGAUAACAUUACAAUAAAUAAACAAGCC